GGAAAAGCUAAUGUUGGAAACAAAAUUGCAGAAAGUCAGAGACGGGAGAGAAGUGACGAUUAGAACCUGGUUUUAUAAACCAUACAGUAAUAUAAAGCAAAAUACAGUUACAUGAAAGUUAACUGGAGCGGGGUGACGUGCCGGGGAACAGGGGAAACCUGCGCAUUAUAUUCGAUUUUGAAGUAGUCCGGACGAAAAUAUUGCUACGGUAAAAUAAGUGAUCAAGCAGUGCUGGUUUUCCGAAGUGUGGAACUCGAGAGCGGAUGGAGGACGAAGGCCAGCCCCGCAGGUGUCUGCCUGAGCUCACUAGUCAUCUGUACGCCACCAGUUUAAAAAAAAAACCAUAAGUCUUGAAGCUUUCCUGCUGCGCUUGCCAGCCUGUGCCGGCUCUGACUUUUGAAAGUGAGAAGCUGACUGACGCCUCUUCUGGAGGUUUAUCACAAGAGUGGAUGUGUGAUUCGAGCCCCACCUCUCUGUGUCGCCGCGGCAAUGGGGAUGUGACCAUGGUGGGACUCAGUGUGAAGUUGGAGGAAGAGGAGGCUGAGGUGGGCAGGGCCCCAAGCCGUGACACUCAGCGAACCUCGCCAUGUGAUUGGUCACUGCAGCCCCCCAGCAGGGGCGGGACACCGCGCAACACACACACCCCCUCAGACAGCUCUCCAGGCAGGGGACGGACACACGGACCCAGCCCUGGCCCGGUCCAGAUACCCCACGAGAGACUGGAGCUCAACCAGAACAUGAGUGAGGUUAUGCCAACCAUUGAAAAACUGCUGAGCAGCGAAUGGAGAGACAAAAUCCUAGGAAACAACAAGGAGCUCAAAGGUACCCCUGAUAGCCUGGCGGAGAAGGAGCUGCAGCUACUGGUGAUGAUCAACCAGCUGUCCAGCCUGCGGGACCAGCUGCUGGGAGCCCACUCGGAGCAGAGGAACAUGGCUGCCAUGCUCUUCGAGAAGCAGCAGCAGCAGAUGGAGCUUUCCAGGCAGCAGCAGGAGCAGAUUGCAAAGCAGCAACAGCAGUUAAUUCAGCAGCAGCACAAAAUUAACCUGCUUCAGCAACAAAUCCAGCAGGUCAACAUGCCCUAUGUGAUGAUCCCUGCAUUCCAUCACAACACGCAGGCACAUCCUGUCCCCUCUGACCCCCAGAUGGGACUCCCUAUUCAGCCCAUUCCUUGCAAACCAGUUGACUAUCCCAUGCAUCUGCUUCCAAACCCCCACCCCACCCCCGUAAAGAGGUCAAAUGGACCAGUCCACAUGCAGGAGGGUCCUCAGCCCUUGAACCUGACCUCCAAACCCAAAUCUCAGGAGGUGGGAAAGGCCCCCAGUCCUCAGUCAAUGGAUCUGGGACAGGGGCACAUGCCAGCGGGCUACAGACCACCCCUUGAUCUGCAGCACAGCCCGUCUAGAUCCGGUCUCACUCUGGGGUUCCUGGGCGAGGGGGACGCUGUCACGAAGGCGAUCCACGAAGCGCGCCAGCUACUCCGGAGCCACGGCGCAGGCGGGAGAGAGAGAGACAGCACUGGCAGGAAGGAUGGAUCAAGAGGGGAGGCAUGCCUUCUGAGAGAGAGGGCAGAGGAAUGCCAGCCCCAGCACCGAGCUGCCGACGACAGCAGCGACUCGGAAGCAGGAGGACUGUCGGCAGCCAGCUCCGUGGGGUUCCCCGACUCCAGGGCACCCUCCGCUGGACACAUCAAGAGGCCGAUGAACGCCUUCAUGGUGUGGGCCAAGGACGAAAGGCGGCGCAUCCUGCAGGCUUUUCCAGACAUGCACAACUCCAGCAUCAGCAAGAUCCUCGGGUCGCGCUGGAAGUCAAUGUCGAACCAGGAGAAGCAGCCCUAUUACGAGGAGCAGGCACGGCUGAGCCGGCAGCACCUGGAGCGUUACCCCGACUACAAGUACAAGCCGCGGCCCAAACGCACCUGCAUCGUGGAGGGGCGCCGGCUGCGCGUCGGAGAGUACAAGGCCAUGAUGAAGAGCCGGAGACAGGACGGGCGGCCAGGGGGCUACACAGAGAGCCAACCAGAGCAGCUGCAUUACCCCUCAGCGGAGGCCCCGCCCUACCCUUGUCAGCCGGUCUCCAUGACGACACAGCCCAUGCAGUCCACUGUGCUGGAGCGCUACAUCCCACGUGUCCUCGAGCCACACGGCCUGCAACUGGCCGGGGCGGAGGAGAGGGAUAGGGGGCCACCCUCUGCAGACAGACACCCCAACAGUGAGGGAGAGGAGAGCGAUACAGGGGAGCGCAGUGAGGGGGAGCUAGUGGUGCUUACAGACUGAACAGUCAUAGGUCAAAGCUCAGUAGCCAAUUCAAUGACCACUGAGAACUCUGGGAAAUGUAUUUUUUUACCUCUGACCGAUGUCAGUCAAGGUAGUAGACAUUUGUGUGGGGUAAAGUUCUGCAUACAUAAGACAUUGUAAAUACCCCAACAAUACAUUUGUUUCAUUAAGAAUCUGUGGUCACUGUUGCUGAAUCUAGGCUUGGCAGAGUAAAAGAACUGGUACAAUAGUUGUAAAGUAACUACACUUUUAACUGUGCAAAACAUAACAGCAAAUUGAACAAAACAGAAAAAAAAAAAAAAACCAGCUAGUACUUAGUUUUUCAAACCAAAUUCUUAAUUUUAAAAACAAAAUGUAUAAGGUCAUCAGAAACUUAAGCCUUGUGUAGUUGCAGUGGCCCUCACCCCUGACCCCUGAUCCGUACCACAUCUUGAGUGAAGACAAUUGUUCAACUGCAGGGGGCACAAAUAUGGCAACUUGGAAUAUUAUCUGCCUCGGAGGUAAGAUAAUAUCCUGGGUAAGAUUUCCUUUUUUAAUGAUUAUUGCCUAGGCCUUGCCAACCGUGAUUUAGCACUUCGGUCAAUGAAAUCAUUGAUUAAAAAAAAAAAAACAGGAUCUUCCUGAGAACUAUUAAUUUUAUAUUUGUUAUUUAAAAACUAAUUAUUCUGCCUCCUCAUUCAUUCUAUUUAUUAUUUUUCUUUUUAAUCAUUUGACAAGGUGUCCUUCUGCUGAAGGAUUAGCGCUUGGGUAUUUUAAAUUUAAUAUUUUUAAUUGCAAAAAAAAAAAAAAAAAAAAAAAAAAAAAAAAUUAAAUGUGAUGGAGAAAACCCCGAGGUGGUUUUUGCUCUGUCCUGUAGCUCCCCUGCUCGGGUGAGAGGCUCCACAGAGCAGCUCACCACACUGGGACUAGAAACCAGCGCGUUGUGUUAAGCAGCUACACUGUUUCUAUACUACUGAAGGACAGAUGUCAAAGCUCUAGUGUUUUUUUUCUUCUAAGAACGUGUUACAGCACAUGUUCUGGUCAGAUCUGGAUACCAUGCUGCAAACCCCUGUGCACUGCAGGAAGAAGGUGGGAGUAUAACGUCAGGCUGUGUUCACCCUGGGUCCAUUUCGAGGGUUUGGUCAGCACUCUGUUUGAAACAGACCCAGUGUCAAUGCAGCCUUAAUCAAUGAAGAUCUACUGGGUGAGCAGUGGAUUUCUGACUGUUUUAAAAGCAGACUUUCAGUUUAAGCCUUAAUCUUAAUAAAUGUGUUAGUGGUAAUGAAUGACACGUGGAGCUCUCUCUUCGCUGGUUUUCAUAGCCUUGUUGUGUGUCGUUUAGUUUGGGAAAAAAAGUUACCGUAAGUACAUUUCAUUUGAACUAAAACAGCAGAUGCAUUUAAAAUUUGAAGUUAAUUUAAGAUUUUAAAAAAAGUGAGGAGUACAUUUCCUCCAAGACUAUAAAAUGAGGGAUGUGUAUAAGGUUCUGGAAACCAACAUCUUUAAACAGGGCUUUCUGUUCUAGCCUGUAAAAUGCCCUGCUUCAGUGAUUUAAAUGUCUUAUUUAGAUUCAUAGAUUUAUUAAAAUGUGGACUAUGCUGGAAAUCUUUGUAAAGAGAAAAAAGAAAUAAACUUUUGGGGACUUUUUUAAACAGAAAACAUUCAAUUCGGAGUGGCUGAGCUAGUAACCCGUUCUUGUAAAUAUAGAUGUAGAAUUUGAUUAUAAGAUCUGGUGUAAUUUAAGCUGUAUAUUUCAUGUACUUUAUUUAGACACGUUUUAUGCGUUUGUUUGUUUGAUGCAAUAAAGAUAUCCUUCUCUCGUGCUGCAA